AAUAUGGCAAUACUUACAAACUUUUUUCGUGUACUGCUUGGUUUUAGAUACAUACAUGUCCUAAUGAAUCUCUGUAGUAUUUCGCAUAGUAACUAAAAAUACAAGUAUAUAGCUUUCUACAUGGGUAAUUGGUGUAUGAAGCAGCGGCAUCAGGUAUAUCAUGAAGAUCCAUCUGUUCUUGCAUCUGAAACACAUUUUACUGUGAGGGAGGUGAAACUGUUGUACAAGUUGUUCAAGAAAUUAAGCAGCUCUAUAACUGAUGAUGGAUUUAUCAGCAGAGAAGAGUUUCAGCUCGGAUUGGUUCAAAAUAGCAAGAAGCAGUCAUUCUUUGCAGAUAGGAUGUUCAAUUUAUUUGACUACAAGAGUGAUGGAGUGAUAGAUUUUGGUGAGUUUGUCCGAUCAUUGAGCAUCUUUCACCCCGACACACCUGAAGCCGAAAAAGUUGCUUUUGCAUUCAGACUAUAUGACAUUUGGCAGACAGGACUUAUAGAACCUGAGGAGGUCAAGGAGAUGAUUUUGGCAUUCCUAGAUGAGUCAGAUUUGACGCUGUCCGAUGAUACUGUUGAACUCAUAAUCAGCAAGACAUUUGAAGAAGCUGAUUCAAAGAGAGACGGAAAGAUUGACACGGAAGAAUUUAAGGAUUUUGCUGCCCGGAAUCCAUCCUUACUAAAGAACAUGACAAUUCCAUACCUGAAGUGUAAAUACUCGAAAAGCAAACUUAUUCAGCACUCAAUGCAAGCAAGGAGAUUGUUUGACUUAGAGCACACUAGUUUAAAUUCAUAAUAGAGGUAAAUAUGCUGUUGGUUAUUCACCUCUUCCCCAUGCUUCAACUUAGUCAAUCAAAUUGCUUUAAGUCUAUAGUUGACUUGGUGGAAAGAUUAAAAAGCAUUUGAAAUUGCAGACAAUUGAAAUUCUUUGGACAGAAUAAAUAGGCUUAUUUUCCUGAAAAUGGUAUGACUACUUGAUCCAAUAAAAAAUUAUUAGUUGUCCUAGUUUUUUCCUUUCAGAAGACAAAUUACUUCUUUUUUUUCCCCCCCUC